UCUGCCGUCGUGUUCCCCAAGCUUACAGCACCUCGCUUUGGACUGAUCCAGGAAAGACUCGCCAACGAUCCUUUCCGUCUCUUGAUCGCUGUGACUUUCCUUAACAAGACAACUGGCAGAGCUGCAGUGCCUAUCUACGAGCAAGUGAUGGAGAAGUACCCGACGCCCACAGAUCUCGCAGCCGCCGAUGUCAGCGACCUCAGCGAAAUGAUCCACAGUCUAGGCUUCCAGAAUCAGCGCGCCAGAAAACUCGUCAAGAUUGCCGAAACAUGGAUUGAGCAACCUCCGCAAAAGGGCAAGCUCUUCCGUACCAGAGAUUACCCCAAUCAUGGCAAUGGCCGCCAACUAAAGCCCACAGAAACUGUUGAUGAAGACGUCAAUGACUGUGCCGAGGUUGGCGCUCUUGAGAUUGCUCACAUCUAUGGCACUGGAGCUUAUGCUUGGGACAGCUGGCGUAUCUUCUGCCGCGACAAUUUCCGCGGCGUAGCAGAAGGCUACAAUGGCGAAGGCAGCGAGUCUGACUUUGAGCCAGAGUGGAAGCGUGUUGUACCUUUGGAUAAAGAGCUACGUGCAUGUCUACGCUGGAUGUGGUUACGCGAAGGAUGGGAGUGGGAUCCUUUGACCGGCAACAAGAAGCCAGCCACUCCCACUCUCAUGCGCGAGGCCUCAGAUGGU